AGGGGUGGAGGCUUCGGUCUCCAGUUUUCCGUUUCGUGAUGGCUCCGUGGCAAACCAAGCCGGCCAUGUUGGCACCCGUUCUCACCGUUCUUUGUUUGGUGGCCAUAUUUUCACCUUCUUGCUUUAUUCUUUCCAGACCAAGCCCGAGGCUGCCUUCCCAGCCCAACGCAGAGCCCAGCCGUGCUUCAAGUCAACAAUUUGAAGGCUUUGGCACAGGAAGUUCAAUGACGAUAGCAAUGACCGCAAUAGCAGCUUUCACUGCAAAGGUGCUGCGGUCCAAAGUGACUAGGCAUGCCAGAAUUAUAGGCACCAGGGAUGAUUUCAAAAAAGCAGCACCAAACUGGGAAGAGUGCCCCAAGCCAGAAGAACGAGUCAGGAAUUACUAUUAUGGGCAGCGCGGCUUUAAGAAGAAUCAAAUAGACCCUCGCUAUCGUGACAAGGAGCCUGCGCGAAUGAAAUUGGGCCACAUCACUGAUGCAACAGCAAUCUUCAAGACGCAGGACUUCUACAAAGCUGACUUCGUUGAUUUAGACGCCAGCAGUGUCAAGGAGGUGGGAUCAUACCAGGUGGCAGGGACAGGCAAAGUGGCCAUCCCUGCAAAAGUCCCUGAGUACCGGCCCAUCCAGCGUGGGAAGCGAUUGGAGAAGGAACCUGGCGAAAAGCGACCUCCAGUGGAGGAUGGUGCCUAUUUGACGUACGUUGACGAGAAGUGCAAUCUCUACGACACCGCCAAAGAGGCCGCACCAUCAGCUUUAACAAAGGAUAUUAUAUGUGACCGUGGAUCCCUUCUGACACUUCUGGACUUUGUCAGUGAGACCUUGACUCCUUUCCUCAUGAAAAAGGGCCAGCAUGCCUCUGCUGUGGAUUUGGUGAAGAUCUCCAAGUCUGAGAAGGGUGGGCUUGUUUUGGAAAAGCUCCUCGAUGUGGACAAGAUGGUGGCCGAGUUUAUUCCAUAUCGUUCCGGGUGGAAACGUGAAGAGGUUUCAGCCGGUGGCAACUUCAAACCGGCGCUGCAGCGCUUGGCCAAUGGAGAUCGCCACACAAGGAGUAUGAUGUGCACUGGUUUGCUGCAGAUUGCAGGCUCCAGAGCAGGUGAACUGGACGACUGUUACCGCUUUGUGGAAUUUGAUCUUGGUGGCCUUAGCUUGCUGACGAAGGCCCGAGCUCAUGCUCAGAAAGACGGCCAGAACAUUGACAUUGCACACAAGAAUUUCUACUACCAGAAUGAGGUUAAAGCGCUGACCACAUAUUUCAAAAUGAUCCUGGGCAAGACAGACAAGACCAUUUUGGCCAUCCAGCGGAGUGGAAAGAUUCACCAGGUUGUGGAGAGCACUUUGGAGGACAUCGUGGAGAAACAGCCGUUAAUUAAGGAGGCUGCUCAACGGCGUCUCGGAAGACUCGUGGCACUCCUCAAGGAGGUGCAGAAAUCGGUGGAAUCUGAGAGCGGCCCAUGGGUGCUGCAAUGGCAGCGUGGCCAGUUGGUCCUGGGCAAGUUUGAGCUGGUGGAAAUGGAGAAGGAGAUGGCAGUGGCUUGAGUUGGAUGUUCGGCGUGUGAGAGGCACAAGUAUUAGUUGUAGCAUAUCAGGUCGCUGUACAUUUUAC